AUUUAAUCUAGCAACAUUGACUGUAAGUGGAGUGACGCGACUGCACGUCGAACGAACGAUUUUUCAUGAAAAUUCCAAGAUAAAGUGCAUUUAACGUUUAAAAUCAGUGUAUUUAUUAAGUCAAAGUUAAUUUGACGCUUCCAUCAUGGAACAGAUACCACCACCUAAGGAGGUGAAGAUCCUCGAGACUGCCGAGGAUAUUCAAGAACGACGUGAACAGGUUUUGAACCGCUAUGAAGAUUUCAAACAAGAAGCACGCGCCAAGCGUGAAAAACUGGAAGACUCGCGUAGGUUCCAGUACUUCAAACGUGACGCUGACGAGCUCGAAUCCUGGAUCCAAGAGAAACUGCAGGCAGCCAGCGAUGAGAGCUACAAAGACCCUACCAAUCUCCAGGCUAAGAUCCAGAAGCACCAGGCUUUCGAAGCUGAGGUGGCAGCCCACUCCAACGCCAUCGUAGUUCUUGACAACACUGGUAGUGAGAUGAUCUCUGCCGGUCACUUCGCGUCGGAGACCAUCCGCCGUCGCUUGGACGAACUGCAUCGUCUCUGGGAGCUACUGCUAUCCCGCCUGGCUGAGAAGGGCAUGAAGCUGCAGCAGGCUUUAGUGCUUGUGCAGUUCUUGAGACACUGUGAUGAAGUCAUGUUCUGGAUUCAUGACAAGGAGACAUUCGUGUGCGCGGAUGAAUUUGGCUCGGACUUGGAGCACGUGGAGGUGCUGCAGCGCAAGUUCGAUGAGUUCCAGAAGGAUAUGGCGGCGCAGGAAUACCGCGUCACCGAAGUUAACCAGCUCGCCGAGCGACUUGUACUCGAGGGACACCCUGAGAGGGAGACCAUUGUCAAGAGGAAGGAUGAGCUGAAUGAGGCGUGGCAACGCCUUCGCCAGAUGGCGCUGAUGCGUCAAGAGCGCCUGUUCGGUGCUCACGAGAUCCAGCGCUUCAACCGCGACGCUGACGAGACCAUCGCCUGGAUCUCCGAGAAGGAUGUAGUACUCGGAUCUGAUGACUACGGCAGGGAUCUCGCCACUGUGCAGACCUUGCAGCGUAAACACGAGGGCGUAGAACGCGACCUGGCAGCCCUGGAAGAUAAGGUAUCAACCCUGGACGGUGAAGCUGCGCGCCUGGCCGCUAUUCACGCCGACCACGCCCCUGCCAUACACGCCAAGCGGGACGAGAUCACGCUCGCGUGGCAGAAACUCGUGCAGAAGGCUAAGGAACGUCGUUCGGAGCUGGAGUCCUCUCACGCCCUGCAUCGUUUCCUCGCUGACUACCGCGACCUGAUCUCCUGGGUCAGCGAUAUCCGUGCGCUUAUCGCAGCCGACGACCUUGCCAAAGAUGUUCCCGGAGCCGAGGCUCUACUGGAGAAACAUCAGGAACAUAAGGGCGAGAUGGACGCUCGGUCGGACGUGAUCCAGGCGUGCGCGAGCGCGGGGCAGGCCCUGGUGGAGGGCGGGCACCGCGCGCGCGAGGAGGUGUCGACGGCGCUGGCCAACCUGGCGCGGGAGAGCGCCGCGCUGCACCAGCUGUGGGACCAGCGCCGCGUGCUCUACCUGCAGUGCAUGGACCUCCAGCUCUUCUACAGGGACACCGAGCAGGCCGACGCCUGGAUGCACAAGCAGGAGGCUUUCCUCGCAAACGAAGAUGUAGGCGACUCCUUAGACUCGGUGGAAGCUCUCUUGAAGAAACACGAAGACUUUGAGAAGUCGCUGGUAGCACAGGAAGAGAAAAUCAAAGCUUUGGACGAGUUCGCGUCCAAACUCAUUGAGGGACAGCAUUAUGCUGCUGAUGACGUAGCCCAGAGGAGGGAGAUGUUGUUGGAACGCCGCGCCGCCUUGUUGGAGAAGUCCAGCCAACGCCGCGCCUUGUUGGAGGACGCGUACAAGUACCAACAGUUCGAACGUGAUUGUGAUGAGACUAAGGGCUGGAUCAACGAGAAGCUUAAGUUCGCGACGGAUGACUCGUACCUGGACCCCACCAACCUGAACGGCAAGGUACAGAAGCACCAGAACUUCGAGCAGGAGCUGCAGGCCAACAAGCCGCGCAUUGACGAGAUCACCGUCACCGGGGCCAAGCUGCUCGAACAGGAACACUUCGCUAAACCUCAAAUCGAGUCUCGCGUGGCGGAGCUGGCGGGUAUCUGGGAGAAGCUGGCGGCCGCGUCCGAGCUCAAGGGCAGCAAGCUGCAGGAGGCCGCCGCCCAGCAACAGUACAACCGCGCCGUCGAGGACAUCGAGCUCUGGCUCUCCGAGGUCGAGGGACAACUGCUCAGCGAGGACUACGGCAAGGACCUAACCAGUGUCCAGAAUCUGCAGAAGAAGCAUGCUCUUCUGGAAGCUGAUGUGAGCUCCCAUGCUGAAAGGAUCGACGCCAUCCGUAACCAGGCCGAGCAAUUCAUUGAGCGGGGACACUUCGACGCUGACAACAUCAAGACUAAGCGGGACGGCCUCGUCGGUCGUUACGCAGCUCUGGACAAGCCGAUGGCGAUCCGUAAGCGUCGCCUGUUAGACUCCCUGCAGGCUCAGCAACUGUUCCGUGACCUCGACGAUGAGGCCGCCUGGAUCCGUGAGAAGGAACCUAUCAUUGCGUCCACCAACCGAGGUCGUGACUUGAUCGGAGUACAGAACCUGAUGAAGAAGCACCAAGCCGUGAUGGGAGAGAUGGCGCAGCACGAGGCCCGCGUGGAGGCCGUGCGGGCGGCCGGGGCCGCGCUGCGGGACGCGGGCCACUUCGCCGCCGACGACAUCGCCGCGCGUCUCCAGCAUCUGCAGCAGCAGUGGACCCAGCUGCAGGAGAAGGCUCUCCAGCGCAAACAAGACCUGGAAGACUCGCUCCAAGCUCAGCAGUACUUCGCUGACGCCAAUGAGGCCGAGUCGUGGAUCCGUGAGAAGGAGCCAAUGGCCAACACUCAGGACUACGGCAAGGACGAGGACUCUUCGGAAGCUCUGUUGAAGAAGCACGAGGCUCUGCUCUCAGAUCUAGAAGCCUUCGGAAACACCAUCAAGUCACUGAGGGAACAGGCUGAUGGAUGCAGGCAACAAGAGUCACCAGUUGUGGAUGUAUCGGGCAAGGAGUGUGUGGUCGCCCUGUACGACUACGCUGAGAAGUCUCCGCGCGAAGUAUCCAUGAAGCGAGGAGAUGUGCUUACUCUACUCAAUUCCAACAACAAGGACUGGUGGAAGGUAGAGGUGAACGACCGUCAGGGCUUUGUGCCGGCCGCCUAUGUGAAGAAGAUCGAUGCCGGCCUGUCCUCCUCGCAGCAGAAUCUCGCUGACUCCAGCUCUAUUGCUGCCAGGCAGAACCAGAUCGAAGCCCAGUAUGACAACUUGCUACGCCUGGCGCGCCAGAGACAGAACAAGCUCAAUGAGACUGUCAAGGCGUACGUGCUGGUCCGCGAAGCCGCCGAGCUCGCCACCUGGAUCAAGGACAAGGAGAUGCACGCCCAAGUACAAGACGUCGGUGAAGACCUGGAACAAGUGGAGGUAAUGCAGAAGAAGUUCGACGACUUCCAAAAUGACCUCCGCGCUAACGAGGUCCGCCUCGCUGAGAUGAACGAGAUCGCCGUGCAGCUCAUGACUGUCGGUCAGACUGAAGCUGCGCUGAAAAUCCAGACUCAGAUGCAGGAACUGAACUCGAAAUGGACGUCCCUACAACAACUGACCGCGGAGCGCGCCGCCCAGCUUGGCUCCGCGCACGAGGUGCAGCGCUUCCACCGCGACGUGGACGAGACCAAGGACUGGAUCGCUGAGAAGGAGGCCGCGCUCGCUACCGACGACCUCGGCAAGGAUCUGCGCUCUGUGCAGACUCUGCAGCGCAAACAUGAGGGUCUGGAGCGCGACCUCGCCGCUCUUGGCGACAAGAUCCGUCAGCUGGAUGACACCGCCAACCGCCUGAUGGCGACGCACGGAGACUCGGCGGACGCCACCUACAGCAAGCAGCGGGAGAUCAACGAGGCCUGGCAACAGCUUCAGGCCAGGGCCAACGCGCGCAAGGAGAAACUGCUAGACUCCUAUGACUUGCAGAGGUUCUUGUCUGACUACCGCGACUUGAUGGCUUGGAUCAACUCCAUGAUGGCUCUCGUAAGCUCAGACGAGUUGGCAAACGACGUCACCGGCGCUGAAGCACUCCUUGAGAGACACCAGGAACAUCGCACGGAGAUGGACGCCCGCGCCGGCACGUUCCAAGCUCUGGAGCUGUUCGGGCAGCAACUACUGCAGGGCGGACACUACGCCAGCGUCGAUAUACAGGAGAAACUCAACAACAUGAGCGACGCCAGGCAGGAGCUCGAGAAGGCUUGGGUAGGUCGUCGUAUGAAGCUGGACCAGAACUUGGAGCUGCAGCUGUUCUACCGCGACUGCGAGCAGGCUGAGACCUGGAUGGGUGCACGUGAGGCCUUCCUCUCGCCCACCUCCAAGGACCAGGCCGAUGCUGCAGACUCCGCCGACUCUGCACAGCCAGACAAUGUGGAACAACUCAUCAAAAAACACGAGGACUUCGACAAGGCUAUCAACGCUCAUGAGGAGAAGAUAGCUCAGCUACAGACGCUGGCGGACCAGUUGAUGGCGUCCGAGCACUACGCGGCCGACGACAUCGACGGCAAGCGGCGACAGGUACUCGACCGCUGGCGACAUCUCAAGGAGGCACUCAUUGAGAAGAGAUCUAGAUUGGGCGACGAACAAACGCUGCAGCAGUUCUCGCGCGAUGCCGACGAGAUGGAGAACUGGAUCGCCGAGAAACUUCAGCUCGCCACCGAGGAAAGCUACAAGGACCCUGCGAACAUUCAGUCGAAGCACCAGAAGCACCAGGCGUUCGAGGCGGAGCUGGCUGCCAACGCAGAACGCAUCCAGUCCGUGCUGGCCAUGGGGGGCAACCUGGUGCAACGUGGACAGUGCAGCGGAAGCGAAGACGCCGUGCAGGCUCGCUUAGCAUCCAUCGCGGACCAGUGGGAGUUCCUAACGCAGAAGACAACAGAAAAGUCUCUGAAACUGAAGGAGGCCAACAAGCAGCGCACUUACAUCGCCGCCGUCAAGGACCUCGACUUCUGGCUUGGAGAGGUUGAGAGUUUGUUGACGUCGGAGGACUCAGGCAAGGACUUGGCGUCCGUACAGAAUCUCAUGAAGAAACACCAGCUCGUUGAAGCCGACAUCCAGGCGCACGAGGACAGAAUCAAUGACAUGAACGCGCAAGCAGACGCGUUGGUAUCGAGUGGGCAGUUCGACAGCGCGGGCAUCGGGUCGCGGCGCGCCGCCAUCAACGAGCGCUUCGAGCGCGUCCGCAACCUCGCCGCGCAUCGACGCGCCAGGCUGCACGAGGCCAACACUCUGCACCAGUUCUUCCGGGACAUUGCUGACGAGGAAUCCUGGAUCAAGGAGAAGAAACUGCUGGUCGCAUCAGAUGACUACGGCCGCGACCUCACUGGUGUCCAGAACUUGUUGAAGAAGCACAAGCGUCUUGAAGCCGAGCUGGCUAGCCACGAGCCUGCCAUCCAGGCCGUACAGGAAGCCGGAGAGAAACUAAUGGACGUGUCUAACCUCGGAGUGCCAGAGAUCGAACAGAGGCUGAAGGCAUUGUCUCUUGCUUGGGACGAACUGCAGGCCUUGGCGGCAGAGCGUGGAGCCAAAUUGCAGCAGUCUCUUGCCUACCAACAGUUCCUCGCCAAGGUUGACGAGGAGGAGGCUUGGAUCAGCGAGAAGCAGCAGUUGGUGGUGGUGGGCGAGUGCGGCGACAGUAUGGCGGCCGUGCAGGGCCUGCUGAAGAAGCACGAGGCGCUCGAGGCCGAGCUGGCGGCGCGCGCAGACCGCGUGCGCGACCUCGCCGCCGACGGGGACGCGCUGCUCGCCGCCGGGAACCUGCACGCCGACGCGCUCUCGCAUCGCAUACACGCGCUGCAGGCUAAGCUGGAGAAGCUAACAGGCUUGGCAGCUCGUCGCAAGGCGGCGCUGGUGGACAAUUCCCUGUACCUGCAGUUGUUGUGGAAGGCCGACGUGGUGGAGUCCUGGAUCGCCGACAAGGAAACACACGUGCGCUCUGACGAGUUCGGACGUGACCUCUCCACUGUGCAGACCCUGCUCACCAAACAGGACACCUUCGAUGCUGGUUUGGCCGCAUUCGAGCACGAAGGUAUCCAGAACAUAACAUCUCUGAAGGAGCAACUGGUGGCGGCGGGCCACGAACAGAGCCCCGCCAUCGUGAAGCGCCACGCUGACGUCAUCGCGCGCUGGCAGCGCCUGCUGGCCGGCUCCGCCGCCAGGAAGCAGCGUCUGCUGCAGCUGCAGGACCAGUUCCGCCAGAUCGAGGAGCUCUACCUCACCUUCGCCAAGAAGGCAUCAGCCUUCAACUCAUGGUUCGAGAACGCGGAGGAAGACCUUACUGACCCAGUGCGCUGCAACUCCAUCGAGGAGAUCAGGGCACUCAGGGAUGCGCAUGCGCAGUUCCAAGCUUCCCUAUCAUCGGCUCAAAGCGACUUCGAGGCGCUAGCCGCGCUGGACGAGCAGAUCAAAUCGUUCAACGUGGGCGCUAACCCCUACACCUGGUUCACGAUGGAGGCUCUCGAGGAGACCUGGAGGAAUCUGCGCAAGAUCAUCGCUGAGCGCGACGUAGAGCUGACGAAGGAGGCGCACCGCCAAGAGGAGAACGACAAACUGCGCAAGGAGUUCGCUAAGCAUGCCAACGCGUUCCACCAGUGGCUCACUGAGACUCGCACAUCGAUGAUGGAGGGCACUGGAUCCCUGGAGCAACAACUGGCCAUCUUGCGCCAACGCGCCGGAGAGGUGCGCGCGCGCAGGGUAGAUCUGCGACGCCUUGAAGAAUUAGGUGCCGCACUAGAAGAGCAUUUGAUCCUGGACAACAGAUACACGGAGCACAGUACUGUAGGACUUGCCCAGCAGUGGGACCAGCUCGACCAACUGUCCAUGCGCAUGCAGCAUAACUUGGAGCAACAGAUACAGGCCAGGAACCAUUCUGGUGUGAGCGAGGAUGCUCUGAAGGAGUUCUCGAUGAUGUUCAAACAUUUCGACAAAGAUCGCUCUGGUCGCCUCAAUCACCACGAGUUCAAGUCUUGCCUGCGAGCCCUCGGAUACGACCUGCCCAUGGUUGAAGAGGGACAACCUGACCCUGAAUUUGAAGCCAUACUCAAUGUGGUCGAUCCGAACCGCGACGGGCAAGUAUCCCUCCAAGAAUACAUGGCCUUCAUGAUCAGUAAGGAAACUGAGAAUGUACAUUCUUCGGAGGAGAUAGAGAACGCGUUCCGAGCCAUUACCGCGCACCAGGACCGCUCCUACGUCACCAAGGACGAGCUAUACGCCAACCUCACCAAGGAGAUGGCGGACUACUGCGUGGCUCGCAUGAAACCCUUCGUCGACCCCAAGACGGAGCGCCCCAUACCCAACGCCCUGGACUACAUAGACUUCACGCGAACACUCUUCCAGAACUAAGCACGCACUGCGCACCUCGCCCGGUCCCGCGCAGUACUGCUAGCUUUUAUUUAUCGCAUUAAAUCCAGAAAAAGAAACUUGUUUUUGAUUUUGUGUCGUGUCCCACCUCUCACGUGAGUACUGCGCGGACGGCCGCGCGAUCAGCUUUACUAUUUCUAUAUCAAUAUAUAGCACUAUUCGAUGUCUAAUUAUUCCAAAAGUAUUAUAGACUGAAUAAAAAAGCAUUUCAAUAUUUCAUGUUGCAUAGCGUUAGUUGUAAUUUGAAGUAUAAAACCUUAAGCUGAUGUCAGUGCGUCGUCGUGUCGGAAGUAAGUGCUUGUGUUCGUAGCCGAGCAAGUCGCGCCCGCACGAGUGUCGCAGUGUGUCGUGACGCUACUUGUGUAGUCGCUCCGUACCUUGUGGUAUACGUAGUAAGGGUUAGAAUUCCUUUUCUCUGAUAUGAGAGCAGAGAAAUACGAAGCUGCCAGUCUCUACGACUUGUUGUCAGUUUGGUUGUCUACAUACACGCAUUUUAUAUUCCGUAAUUCUCUUUGAAUUUUCAUGUCGAUCAUAUUGCAUUUGAUAACAAUAAAUAAUUUGCUAGAUAGUGUUAUAAGCUAUAAAUCUUAUUUUAUUAUUCGUUUAUUAAAUUGUGCUAAGAUACUAUUUAUUUUUUGUAUCAUCUAACAAUUUUAUCUUUUCAAUAAAUAUUUAUUCCCAA